AAUAAUAGAGUUGAAUAAGAAGACAAGUUGCAAGGGAAAGUGAAGACCAGCCGACAUUUUUGAUGUAAUGGAUUUCUUAUCACGCUCCUUGAUGCGUUAAAACAAUUAGUUGACUCAGUCUUAUGUUGCACAAUAAAAUUACCCACUCCAAAAUCGCUGGAAAAAUGUAGCGCAAACACUCAUCUUUAUCACAAAAGCAACAGAUCUUAGAGUAACUUUAUUUUCUCUGCAUGAACAAAAAUGUAACGAACAAAAAACGUCAAUUAUAUACGGAGAGAACCCAAAACUAAACAAAUGGGAUCUCAGAAGGAACAGAUCUUGAAAUAAUUUCAAUUUGUUUACAUUUACAAGAAAAAACCUAUCAAAUCUGUCAAUUCGAUAAGGAGAAAACUCAACAUAUACGGAAAACUUCCGCCAAGAUGUCUUGCAUUUAGAAUAAGUUUAAUAUAUCACAUAAACAUAAAUGUGCAACGAAUAAAGUAUUACUUAAAAUGAAAAAUUUACGCUUGAAGUAUUGAAUAAAUAUAGGAACACAGUUUAGAUCGAGAAGAUGGCUGAGAGAGCUGCGUUGAUUCAUGUGUUCACAUCCACAUGUGCUUUAGUUGUUCUAGGAGAAUCGCUACAAUCAUUGCACUGGAAACGUCUGAGUGAUAGCUCAUACUUUGAUGGAGCAGUUUUACUCCGGCGUGACUUUGCAUUUAAAAGGGACAUCUUAAGAACAGUGAAAACAUCGGGGGAAGUUCACUGUGGCCUCGCCUGUUUGUCUGAAAGUGACUGCAUCGCACAAACGUACUGCCGCGAGCCGUGGCAGAAACUCAAGGGAACAUGCUAUCUGCAUCGAAGAGGAAUCAAAGACGGGCUGGCUGAAGAUGCCUUCGUGAAAAGCGAUGGAUGUACUUACCAACAAUACAUAGAUUUUCACACGCCUUGCUCAAGCAAAUGUCAAAAUGGUCAGACAUGUAGCUAUGACCAUGAUAACAGACGAUAUGCUUGCCUCUGUGAGAAGCCAUACACUGGAAUGUACUGUGAAAAGUCUAAAGCAAUGGCCUUUUAUUUCACUUUCCUUGGUGCUCGAGGCAACACUGGGCCGAUAUCAACAGCUGGAUACAAACGCACGCCUCUAGAAGGGACAGUAACACUCAACAAAGGAAUACAGAUCUGGACGGUUCCAUUUACCGCGCGGUAUAGUUUCACUGUGGCUGGGGCAUCAGGAGGGAUGGGAUAUCAACCAGGAGGGAAUGGUGCAAUUGUAAGUGGAAUUGUGAGACUUUUCAAGGGUACUGUCCUGCACCUCUUAGUUGGUCAGAAAGGUCUCAAAGGAUCUUCCGCUGCAGGAGGGGGUGGAGGUACAUUUGUAGUUUUCAGUAAUAAUACCCUUUUUGCAGCAGCUGGCGGUGGGGGUGGUGGAGGGGGUCAGAUAACAUCAAAGGUUGGCGAUGAUGGCCGAAAAGGAACAAAUGGAAGCGUUUACGGAGGAGUCAAUGGCCUGGGUGGGAAAGUGUGUGCUGACGAGUUAAACUAUGCAGGUGGAGGUGGUGGAUUUAGAGGAGAUGGGAAAUGCGCCUUCAAUAUAACAUGCGUUUCUCCUCGAUCAUGCAAGGAGGCUGGGUUCUCAUAUUUGAAUGGUGGUGUGGGGGGCAAAGGAGAUGGAAAUGGGGGAUUCGGUGGAGGUGGAGCGGCAUAUAACGCUUUUGGAGGAGGCGGAGGUGGGUAUUCUGGAGGGGGAGUGUUUGCCACAUCGUUUGGUUCACGGUCAGGAGGGGGUGGAUCCUUUGGCAAUGGUGCACCCCUGUCAAGUAGUGGAGUAUCACAUAGUAGCGGUGACGGAUACGUGUUAUUUAGAUACCCCUAGUAUCAAACCAACAUAUUCGGUCGAUCUCCCUUGCUAUAAAAUGUUUUGCAAUAUUUCGAUGACACUAACUCAAUGACCAAGAAUCACGAUAGGCUAUAUUACCUUCUGAAUCAGUCACAUGAUUAAUAAACGUCAAGAUAACCGGAUAAUGGCCAAGUUCAUCUUUUGCAUUUUAAAGAACCAAGAAGGGUGGAGGAGGAUAGGGGGGCAAUAGAAUAGAAAUUUAUUCCUAAAAGAAUAGAAAUCUAAAAAGACGACGUUAGUUGCGAACCACUGAGGGUUUUCUGCGUAAUGCCUUAACCACAGCUGCAGAGACCAGCAAAUCACAACUGAAUGGGAAGGAUCAUAAUGUUUCACGAAUCCAGUUAACAUUAUUGCCUUA